GACCUUCUCUCUCUAGCUCUCUCUCCUUCUCUUUCUCUCUGUAUAUCUCUGACUCUCUCACUCAUCACUGUGGUGGUGUGGUGUGGUGUGGUAUGGUGUGUGCUCUCUUUGCUUUGAUCGCCGGUUGAUGAUUUGGGUUUGAUUUUUCUGACUGAUCUGUAGUUGUGUUUUUGAAGUGAAAUUUACUCUGUUUUUUUUCUUCAGUUUUUUCGGUUUUCGAAAAUGGAGGAAACAAGAACUGAUGAGUCUGAAAUUGAUCAACUCCUUUGUGAGAUACCAAAAGCCACUUCUGGGAUUCCAAAUUCAGAGAGGUCUAAUAAUAGAAGGAUGAUGUAUUUGAAUGGGAAUCUCUCUUCUUCGAUUCGAUUGGAAACUAAAGAGGUUAACAAGAUGAUGUUGGAGAAGUAUGAUCAAUCAGCUGUGGGGUUGAAUCUCCCUGAUGAUCAAUCCUUAACAUCUGCUUUUUCGGGUUUGAAUUUCAACGAAACCCCGGCUGUUGUUUCAGCUGCUGCUGGUGCUGCUGGUGCUUCUCCUUAUAUACCGAAAAUGAUGCAAUACACUCUUCCUUCUUUGGAAGGAAUGUUCCAUAACCACAACAAUCAGAAGAAGCAAAAUUCGGAUGUGGAAUCGAGGAUGAUGUUUGUUCCUUCUUAUCGAACAACAACAACAACAACACCAACACCAACAACUAACAAUGUGCCUUAUGGUGUUUAUGAUUAUGAGUCUGAUAUGAGAAAAAUUUGCUAUGACAGUACAAACCUUUCGAAUUUAGCUAAUUUGGAAUUCAGGAGACGAUACCAACUCGAAACUUUUGGUAAUGCUAAUGCUAAUGCUGUUCCUGCUGCUGCUCCUGCUGCUGUUCCAUUAGAUCAUUCGGCUGCUGGUUUUCCAUACUUGCCCGGGAUGCAGCCAUAUAAUCCUUUAAUAACCGAGCAACAAUCGCCAUUCUAUAUGGAACCAGUUUCGCGGAUACCUUACCAUCAUCAACAACAGAUUAAACAGGAACAAGAGAGGUAUGUGAGUUUACAACAUCAGCUGCAAAAUGGGAACAUUCUGAAUAGGUUUACUAGAAACUCGAGGCAAUCGCUUUAUGAUUCUACAAUCCCUCACCAAUAUGAGCAAUGGAAACCACUUUCUGAUCCAUAUUUGAACAAUUAUGAUGUGAACAAUUACUCAAACCAUUUGAAUCCUUCCAACUAUUCUCACAUUGGAUUCAACUUGCCUAAAGUUUGGGAUAGAGUGGAUAGAGCUACUUUCCCCGAAAGGGUAGCUAGAUCAAAUGGAUUUCGGUUUGGCUCACUUGGAGGAGUAGGAGUAGGAGGAGGGAAUGAUUUAAUUUCUCAUGUUGCUCAAAAUGGAAGGCCUCAACAGAACAACAAUGGUCACUUGUCUCAUAAUAACAAUCAUGGUUGUUGUACCUUAAACAAUGUGCUUAUGUAUUCUUCUGAUAUGGAUUACAAAAGUAAUCUUAAUGCCAAGCUUUCGCCUCAGAAAUGUACUUCACUUGAUGAAGCAACUGGUAGAAUUUAUCUCAUGGCUAAAGACCAACAUGGUUGCCGCUUUUUGCAAAGGAAAUUCUCUGAAAGGAAGAAACACGAAAUUGACAUGAUUUUCGAGGAGAUCAUUGAUCAUGUUGUUGAGCUUAUGACUGACCCUUUUGGGAACUACCUUGUUCAGAAGCUGCUUGAGGUUUGUGAUGAGGAUCAAAGGUUGCAGACCCUUCAUCGCAUUACUUGCAAACCGGGGGAACUCAUCAGAAUUUCGUGUGAUAUGCACGGGACUAGAGCUGUUCAAAAGGUUAUCGAAACUGUCAAGACCCCCGAGCAAUUCUCCAUGGUUGUAUCUGCACUGAAGCAUGAUACAAUCACACUAAUGAAAGACAUGAAUGGAAACCAUGUUGCUCAAAGGUGCUUGCAGUAUUUUAGGCCUGAAAAUAAUGAAUUUUUGUUUGAAACUGCACUAUUGAACUGUGCUGAUCUUGCUAAAGAUCGCCAUGGCUGUUGUGUUCUUCAAAAAUGUCUUACUUUUUCUGAUGGCGAUCGAAGACACCGUCUCAUCUGUGAGAUUGCUGCCAAUGCUCUAAUCCUUUCCCAGGAUCCAUAUGGAAACUAUGUUGUGCAAUAUGUAUACGAUCUUCGCCUUCCAUGGGCAACAUCACUUUUGUUAGAUCAGUUGGAAGGUAGCUUUGGUGAUCUUUCAAUGCAGAAGCACAGCAGCAAUGUGGUUGAGAAAAGCUUGAAGCUUUGCAACGAAGAGGGUCGUUCUCGUAUUAUCCACGAGCUUAUUAACAAUCCCAAACUCGAUCAAAUCAUGCAGGAUCCUUAUGGAAACUAUGCUGUUCAAGCUGCUAUAGAUGUUGCUAUGCAGGGAAGCCUCUAUUCUAAGCUAGCCGACGCGAUAAAGCUACACACUGCUGCACUCAAAACCAGUCCAUAUGGGAAGAAAGUCCUCUCAGCACUGAAUUCACCGAAAUGUUGAGUUUGCUGUGCUGAAAAGGGAAUGCUGUAAAAUCUGUACUAAGUGUUUUUUUUGAAGCGUAGUGGUAUCGGUGUUGGAGGAGGAGGAAGAGGAAGAGGAAGUAGCGCGUAAAAGAUUCAAACUUUUCGGGUUUUCUUUUUUUGUUAAGUUCCCUUUAUACUCUGAAUAAAAGGGAAGUUUUUGUUUUUAGAACUUUGUUAUGUUUUUGUUUUUUUGUAUCAAGUUUUUGUCUUUUUUUUUUGUUAUGAACUAUUUUAUUAGGUGAAGACAAGAACAAGAGCAGAAGACACAAAUGGGUUACCACAUUGAAUUUGUAGAUAGGUGUCUCUACUUGUUCUUGUUCUUUUUUGUUUUAGUAUUUAAGGUUUAAUAAUGGAGAAAGUAGUGAUUGGGGGGUGAGAGGAGAAAUUACAGAUGAUUUUUUUGAUUGGAUGGAAGGAAAUUGAGGUACAUAGGUGAUGAUUAUUAUGAUUAGAAGGGGGGUUGUUUAUUUUAGUUGUUGUUUUUUUUGUUUUUAGUUGUUGUUGUUUUUAAUUUAAUACAAAGACUUGGAUUUAGUUUAAAUGUAUAUGCUAUGUUAUUUUUAUCUA